AUGGUCACUGCCAGACGGUCUGAGGAGCCUGACGAGCCUAAAACAGACCAGUUGUCCUCUCAGGAUGAGUCCGAGACACCAAGGUCGGAGCGAGUCUACGGUUGCGAUUCUUUUUUCAUUACGCGCGAAGAAUACCAUGAUGUCUUGAGGCAUUGCAACGCCAUGAAGCUCGAUCCAUCCCUCCGUCGAUGCAUUCCCGAUCUUGUCCAUGAGAACUUUGAGUUCCUAGAAUCUGCUAUUCACGGUUGGGCUUACUCUUGGACACGAUGUGACUCAUUGUCAGAUCUUCCACGGACUGACAAGCAGGCCAUCAUUGAAAGCCUUGAUGGCUACUGUGUACAGGAGGAUUGGAAAACCAUUCAUGCUCUCCUCCCCCCUGCCACUCAAGAGCAUAUGGGCCCUGUUUUAGCUGCUACCAUGCUCUACCAGUACAUCUUUACCAAAUUCAUCGACUCCCCUUUCUGGUUUGUGGAUGGAAAGAUCAGUCCCACAGAUGCCAAGGGCGAUUCUCAGUUCCACCAAAGGCUUCAAUAUUUUUACGAUAGAUUCCGGGAAACAGACGCCUUCAACGCAGCUUGGUGGAAAUCAAUCACUGUCACCGAAGCUAGCUCCCGCAGCAUGAGCGACAUACCUAACACAAAGCUGUCGAAGGACACGAACGCCCGGCGCCCGAUAAUCCUCAAAGACCUUACCGAGGAGUUGCUUGAGCGCCGGGUUUUCCAACUUCUUCUCAGCCCGCUGCAGGAUGAGGCAAAGAUCACUCAGCGUAACAGCGCCCUUCACGCGCUUCUCGAGUCCGCCGCGGAUUAUAUCACCUACACUGAGGGUGGAAUGUACGGCAACAGCAACGUCGACCGGCUUCCCGAUCUGCCCGCCGCUUUCCACUAUGAUUCAGAAACUAUGACACCCCAUUCGCACCACUUCACCAGUUAUCACCGCACGCCGAGAUUCGCACCUCUCGCGGGGGGGCGGGUUCUGGUCGUUACUCGCCCGAGCCUGUCCUAUACCGAUAUGAGAUCUUUCGGCCCCCGUCACAAAAUCCCUCAUCACCGAAUUUUCAAGGCGGACGUGUUGGUGGAGAGGAGGAUACCGAGGACGAGGCAGGCCUCACGAACUGGGUCUGCAGGCGGUGCAGCAAAAGCAGUGGAAACAACAAAGGGAACGCCAGCCAAGGGAGCAGGAAAACGGGGCGCAAAGACUGGCGGCUCUAAGAAAGAAAAGGUGCCUCUGGGAGAGCAGUUGCCGCCUCUGAGGAAGUCAUUCUGGCGGCAGUGA